AAUGCAUUAAAAUUACCGAUUAAAGUUUACACAUUUUAAGGUUUCCUUGUCAAACCAUCUCACUGCUGUUUCUAUCAUCAACCGACUCCACCACACAAUCACAACAAUCCACCUCCUAGGUUUCUUUCCAACAUAUAUCCUUAUUUUCCCCAAAUAAUCCCUUCCUCAACAGGGUCGUUCUUCAAUCAUGAACUGUUUCAAUAUUUUCACAUCCAAAACAAAGGGAAGAGCUAAAUCUUCACCAGAACUCAGAGUCGAACGAAAUCGAUCGAAAACAUCCACGACAUCGGUAAAUUCAGCAGGAUCAAACUCCUCAUCACGAAGCAUAAUUGAGUUGUACAAAGAAAGAGGUCACAGUUUGAGAAAGUUUUCGUAUUCGGAGCUUAGAAAUGCAACUAAUAAUUUUAAUCGGUCGUUGAAGAUCGGAGAAGGCGGGUUUGGAAGCGUUUAUAAAGGCUCGAUUCGACCUCGUGAUGGCCAUGGUGAUCCUCUUGUGGUUGCCAUCAAGAAGCUCAGGAGAAAUGGCCAGCAGGGUCAUAAAGAAUGGUUAGCAGAAGUACAUUUUCUUGGUGUUGUGGAUCACCCUAAGCUUGUAAAGCUUUUGGGGUACUGCUCGGCGAAUGGAGAACGAGGGAUACAAAGAUUACUGGUUUAUGAGUACAUGCCCAACAAGAGCUUAGAAGACCAUCUUUUUAGCCGAGCAAUGCCACCGAUUCCUUGGAUAACACGACUAAAAAUCCUUCUCAGUGCGGCCGAGGGUCUCACUUAUCUUCAUGAGGGUUUGGAAGUUCAGGUGAUCUUUCGUGACUUUAAAUCGUCGAAUGUGUUGUUGGAUGAGAACUUUAAUGCGAAGCUUUCGGAUUUUGGUCUUGCUAGAGAAGGACCACAAGGGGACCGGUCACACGUAUCUACAACGCCAAUCGGGACAUACGGAUAUGCUGCCCCUGAAUACAUUGAAACCGGCCAUCUUAAAUCAAACAGUGACUUGUGGAGUUUUGGAGUUGUAGUGUACGAGAUCCUAACAGGCAGAAGGGCGGUGGACAUAGAACUACCACAAUCUGAACAAAAACUUAUCGAAUGGGUGAAACAGUUCCCGGUAGAUAGCAAGAGGUUUAGGAUGAUUAUGGACCCGCGUUUAAACAAUCAAUAUUCACAUGGCGCUGCCCGAAAGGUUGCAAAACUGGCUGAUAGUUGCCUAAGAAAGAAUCCGGAAGAACGACCCCUGAUGAGUAAGAUUGUUGACAUCUUACGACAUACAAUUAGAGAGUCGGAGUUAAACGAUGUUUCAGAAAUGACGAGUCCGUUACCGUUACCGGAGCCUUCUACACGAAGAAUGGCUCGUGUGGCUUAGUUACAGACUUAGGGACAGGUUGUGACAUGGUAAUGAAAAUGAAAUCAUGUUUUAGUUUUAGUUA